CUGCGCUCUACGUCUGAGGAAGCCGCAGAAGAAACUUUGACCACUUCAGUUGGUAGCCUAGCAGCGGAGACACAUAUCUCCUUUUUUGUUUACCAGCCCCGUAUUUAUUCGACUGGCGCUAUUAAAAAGAUGUGGUUUAUUUAUUUACUCAGCUGGUUGUCGCUGGUGGUGCAGAUAUGUUUCGUUACUCUCGCUAUCGCUGCAGGCCUGUAUUACCUGGCAGAGUUAAUAGAGGAGUACACAGUCGCCACCAGCCGCAUUAUAAAGUAUAUGAUUAUGUUCUCCACAGCGGUGCUGGUGGGACUCUAUCUGUUUGAGGGCUUCCCCACGCUCAUGGUCGGGGUGGGUCUCUUCACUAACCUGGUGUACUUCGGUCUGCUGCAGACGUUCCCGUACAUCAUGCUGACCUCUCCAAACUUCAUCCUGUCAUGUGCACUGGUUGUUUUAAACCACUAUAUGGCCUUCCAGUAUUUUGCGGAGGAGUACUAUCCUUUUUCUGAGGUUCUGGCGUACUUCACUAUAUGUCUGUGGGUGAUUCCGUUCUCGUUCUUCGUUUCUCUCUCUGCCGGGGAGAAUGUUCUUCCCUCCACUAUGCAGCAGGGAGAUGAUGUGGUGUCAAAUUAUUUCACUAAAGGCAAGCGGGCAAGCGCGGGCAUCCUGCUCAUCUUCUCUUUCCUGAAGGAGGCCGUUUUGCCGAGCGGCAGAAGAUGUACUGAUGAAGCGCUCGAGAUGCUCAUCACACGGAGGGUUUGGGAGGGUUUGUUCAGGCCACCGGCCCCACGGAUCUUACACUCGGAGUGUGAGGUCGAGGAAAGGGUCACACAUUCACUUCAGGAAGCUCUCGUCUGGGGAGCGAAUCACUUAGGAAGGUGGAAGCUGCCCUUUGCCGGUGUUAUCCGACUAUUUUUUGUGGCGUGUUUCAUUACGGCUGAGGUUAAAGUCGACGUACAAAAACGGUUGCAGGGAUGGCGGUUUUACGUUUUCUCGUACCUGAAGAUGACGGAUGUGACACCUCAGACAGUUCUCGGCCAAUAA